AGAAAAUUACACUGCUGGGGGUUAGUACACAUGCGGUGCUGGACGAACACUGUUUUCCUGCAUAACUGAUAGCAGAGGCAAAAUGGAUACCCUGAUUAUUGUGGUCUGCCUACCAUUUCUAGUGCUUCAGUCUGCCAGUCUCAGUGAGCACACCGAGAUCAGUGAUCAGUCUUUGAAGCAUCCAGAACUAUGUCCUCCGUGUUAUUGUGAGAACGGUACUGCGAUAUGUAACAGCCUAGGUCUUACAUAUAUACCCAAAUUUCCGAAUGGUACACAAAACGUUACCUUUACCCGGAAUAGUUUAAAAUCCAUUACCGAAAGAACGUUUUCAAAUUUAAGUCAUCUGAACUUGCUAGUCUUGGAUCUUUCUGACAACGACAUUCGAUCCAUAUCCCCUGAAGCGUUUUCAACUCUACGCUGUCUCCAAAAUCUGUGCCUGAGAAACAACAUAGUUCCCAUAACAAUUUUGUCAGAAAGUUUCCUUGGCCUCAGAAAUCUCACCAGCCUCAACCUGAGGCAUAUGCUGUUGAGGAAUAUAUCAAGUGGAUUCUUUAAACAUCUGCCCAGCUUGUCCCUAGAACACUUGGAUAUAAGCCACAAUGGCCUUAAACAAUUCAAUUUUGACAGUCUUACGAAGUUUCCUGAUCUCAAAAUCCUUCGAGUUGGACAUAAUCCCAUAAAGAUUUUACAAUGGAAAUAUUAUAACGCCCUGGAAGAGGUGUCACUGGAUGAUUGUGACAGGCAAGAAAUUCCCACAUUUUGCUCUGGAAAUGGAUCUUUUUUUCCAAAAUUGAAAAAGUGUUUUUUCAGUCAUAACCUUCUCUCCAUGCUGAAUUCGACGUUCUUUACUUGUCUAGAUACACUGGAGGUGGCGUUUCUGAACAAUAAUCCAAUCCGUGUUAUUGAUACAGGAACUUUUGCUUAUUUACCAAACUUACAAGAAGUAUGCAUGCAUCACUUGCAACAGUUGCACGUUUUGCACGACUAUGCAUUUAAUAACACCAACCUCGGUAUAUUAAAUCUCCGAGGCAGUCACCUUGGAGUGAACGAGAUUGACCCAAACGCAUUUGCAGGAUGCUAUUGUCUACACACUCUCGACUUAGGUUACAAUCAGUUCGAAUUCAUGGACGAUUACAAAUUUAACCAGCUUUUUAGAGACUUAAAUUCAUUGAGGAAUUUAACCCUUACAUCUACUGAACUUGUUGCAGUACCCAGUGUGAUUUCAAGAGUCAUGUUCCGACUCGAGCGUCUUUACAUGAACAAAAACAAACUUCAGAGCCUACCAAAACUAUGUUUCAUAACCUGACCAAGCUCACACUUCUUGAUGUUUCCUUGAACUUCAUCAGCAUGAUUCAAGAGGAUACAUUUCCUGAACAAAGCCGAAAUACCCUGAAGCAUAUUGGACUUGAAAAUAAUUCUUUUACCUGUUCUUGUGACAUGAAAUGGUUUAUUCUGUGGAUUCAGAGAGAUCACCACAAAUUUACCGGAUACCCGUCUACUUAUGCCUGUGCAUACCCAUCUGAGUUCAGAAGUGUCCUAUUAUCUGAUGUGUCGUUCUCGGAACAGUAUUGUCUGUUCCAGAAGACUGUUUAUGUACUGCUGCUUGGGUUCAUUACUCUGGGCGUGGUGCUUGUGGCUGUAGUGUCCAUUAUUUACAAAUGUCGCUGGAGGUUGCGCUACUUUCUGUACCUUAUCAGGCACCUUGAACUCUAUAAGCCAAGAGAUGACCAAGAUUGUACUUAUGAUGGAUUCGUGGUGUAUUCCCCAGUGACACAGCUUGGAUCACACAACACUUGAUUCCUUGCGUGGAGGAAAGAAAUGGACUGAAACUAUGUAUACAUG